CCAGAUGGACAUGUACCAAGCCCACAGCCAGAUGGACAUUUAUCAGGUCUCAAACCAGAUGGACAUGUAUCAGGCCCAAAGCCAGAUGGACAUGUAUCAGGUCUCAAAGCCAGAUGGACAUGUAUCGGGUCUCAAAGCCAGAUGGACAUGCAUCAAGUCUCAAAGCAAGAUGGACAUGUAUCGGGUCUCAAAGCCAGAUGGACAUGUAUCGGGUCUCAAAGCCAGAUGGACAUGCAUCAAGUCUCAAAGCAAGAUGGACAUGUAUCGGGUCUCAAAGCCAGAUGGACAUGUAUCAGGCCUCAAAACCAGAUGGACAUGUAUCGGGUCUCAAAGCCAGAUGGACAGGUAUCAGGUAUCAAAGCCAGAUGGACAUGUAUCAGGUCUCAAAGCCAGAUGGACAGGUAUCAGGCCCGAUUUGAUGUACACCAUAGAAUAG